AUUUCGAUAUUUAAAGCUUCCUUCGAAAUUCGAGAAGUUUUUAUCUUUCUCUCUCCUCCAUUUCUUUUCCUCCAAGAACCCCUCCAUAUAUCUCGUAUAAUAUCCCUAAAAUCAAUCCCCUCUAAAUUUUUUGGGUAAAAAUCUCCAUCACACAAAAACAUCAAAAACCCAAUAAGAAUUGAAAUUGUUUGAAUAAAUGGGAUUGUCAGAUACAAAGUUUUUGCAAGAACUGGUGUUAUAUGCAGCAAGUGCAGCGUUUAGUUGUUUGGUAUUAUUUGCAGGGCUUAAACACUUAGACCCAAAUCGUGAAUCUUCUAAAAAAGCCCUUGAACUCAAAAAAGAAAUUGCUAAACGUUUGGGUAGACCUCUUAUUCAUACUAAUCCUUAUGAGGAUGUUAUCGCAUGUGAUGUCAUAAAUCCUGACCACAUAGAAUGCAAGUUUGAAUCUAUUGGUGGUUUAGACAGCAUCAAACAGGCACUUGUUGAGUUGGUCAUUCUUCCAUUGCGGAGACCUGAGCUCUUUUCAUAUGGGAAACUGCUUGGUCCCCAAAAAGGGGUUUUACUUUAUGGUCCUCCCGGUACUGGGAAGACUAUGCUUGCAAAAGCUAUUGCUAGAGAGUCUGGAGCAGUUUUUAUCAAUGUGAGAAUAUCAAAUUUGAUGAGCAAAUGGUUUGGUGACGCACAGAAACUUGUUUCUGCUGUAUUUAGCUUGGCGAACAAAUUACAGCCUGCUAUUAUAUUCAUCGAUGAAGUUGAUAGUUUUUUGGGACAGCGCAGAAACUCUGAUCAUGAAGCAUUAACAAACAUGAAAACAGAAUUCAUGGCUCUGUGGGAUGGCUUUACUACUGAUCAAAAUGCCAGAGUGAUGGUUCUUGCUGCUACAAAUCGUCCAUCAGAGCUUGAUGAGGCUAUUCUUCGCCGUUUUUCUCAGGCGUUUGAGAUUGGAAUGCCUGAUCGCAAGGAGAGGGCAGAGAUAUUGAAAGUUAUUCUCAAGGGUGAAAGGGUAGAGGAUAACAUUGACUUUGACUAUCUGGCCAGCUUGUGCGAUGGAUGUACUGGAUCUGAUCUAUUUGAGCUUUGUAAAAAGGCUGCAUAUCUCCCAAUCAGGGAGCUCCUAGACGAUGAGAAGAGCGGGAAACCACAUCAUCCUCCAAGGCCACUGACACAAACUGAUUUAGAGAAAGUGCUAAGCACGUCAAAAAAGACGAAUGUUGCUGCACAUGAAUACACGAGGCUAAUGGCGCAAUCAUCAUCUACCUGGCCAAUACAGAAGGACGGAGAAGAUAUGCCGGUUCAAAACAUGAUCAAUGAACUCUCUAAGCUUGUUUUAGCCCAAAUGUUGAACCUGCAGGCUGAAAAUCAAGACAACUGAGCUGCAAUGUAUUUGCCAGUAGCUAACCAAAACUGAAAUCAGUAAGUAGUCAGUCAGGUGGUUGGGGAGAUUCUUCAGCUGAUGCAAAUUUUUGUCGGAUUUCGCGAUAUCUAUAUCACGCUAUACGUGGUUACACUUGGAUUAUCAAUACUUCUAUAUAUGUAUAAUUUUUGAAUUGAUUGCUAGUACUUUGUUGGGUCGCUAGUUUAGAUGUUUCAUAUUCAUUUAUUGCUGAUACAAGAAUAAGUACUUUCAGAUUGUCAAGCUUACUGCUUAUGAAAUAGUACUAGCUUUUUAUUCUGUUCGA